AUGGCGUUGACCCGGCGAUUUCUGAUGAUGUUAGCUGCAUCGACCGUAUCAGCACAAUCGCAAACAGACAUGAGAAGUGAUCGGACUCUGGAUUCAACCACCAACAUCUUCGAUGUAAGUAUGCCUUGUUCCUUGGUGGAAGGAGCCGCAAUCCUCGAUGUCGUUGAAGGUGUGUCCUGUGCUUUUGCUGAUUCCCACGUACCCGGUGAAAUCUUCAACGCUAUACUCCUCAGCGCGCACUGUGCGAUUCGUCCCUCAACGACAGGCUCUCGCGGCUCACUCCUAAGUAAUCGCGAGGUAUUCGGUCUGAACAUGAUCGUCAACACGGUGAUGCCAUGA